CAUGUCUGAAGAGAAAAACCCAACUUUAACCAUCAAUGAUCUAAGAGAGAGUGAUGCAAACACUUACUGCUGUAUGAAGACUACAGACAGUCCAGGACACUGCUGGCUCAACAGAAUUAGUCUUCAAGUUGUUGCAGAGCUGCAGGUAAAGGUGAUUCCUGCCACAGAGGGACAGACAGUAACACUGAUGUGCAGCAGCAGCUGUCCUCUGACUGAAAAGCCUGCAGCCUACAUCUGGUACAAGAACAGAGAGUUUCUCUAUGAGGACUGGUCUCCCUGGUACCAAGAGCUGCUCAGCAGUGAGGAAGCAGUCACAUACUCCUGUGCUGUCAAAGGCUACGAGGAUCUCAGAGCCCCUGAAGUCUCUGUGGCUAGCUCUGUGCCAAUUUUUGUUUCUUGGAGGCCCUUAAAUGUUGGGAGUAAAAAAUGGAGAAAAGAUAAAGUGGAAGUUGAUGAGCUGAUUGAGGCUGCAGGUCGUGUGGAGUAUCAGGACAACAUGAAGAAGAAUGACUCAGGAGGAUACACAUUCAGAUUCAACAAAGAUCAUGAAGGAUGGACACGGUCUGAUCUGCCUGGAGUCUUUUUGAUUGUUACAGUGAUGAUCUUUUGUUUCUCCAUCAGAAUAAAGGUGGAUGUUUGGCCUUCAGCCUUUUCUGUCUCACAUCAUAACUUCCUGUAACCUCCUCGUCAGCGUCACUCACCACCGACACCUGAUCAUGUCUGAACUUUUGCAUGUUUUUAUUUGCCUCACACAGUUAUUCUAUAAAUUGCAGUGUGAAGCCACGUUAUGACUCACUGUGAGUCGCAUGUUAUUUUUUAUCUUAAGAAAUUUCUUUUAUCAUAUUGUAAUUUUAUUUUAUUGCCCUAUAUACCAUUUUACAUAUUUAAGUUAUUUUGUAUUUAAAUGUAAUUAAUUAUUUAUUUAUUUUAAUUUUAACUGCUAUUAGAAAUGUCUUGUCUUCAUAUCUAUUCAUGGCAUACGAUUUGAUAGGCGCUGUACAUUUUGAAUUUUUACAAAACCUGCAACACUUUCAAAUUACCAGCAUUUUCUUUAAUUGAAUGAGAUGAAAAUAAAUCUUGAGUGUUAAAUAAUUCUGUGCUUUUAUUGUUUGUCUAUUUGUCUCAUAUAUGGAAAGUUUUUAGCUCAUGCGGCAGAGCAGGAUGAUCAUCACUAUAGCAUCUAUCUUCAGUGAGAACAACACAGCUGGUCUCUGCUCCACCAUCGAGCCACUGCCCCAUCACUAAAGAAUAGUUUGUUACCAUAGUGGUUAAAAGGGACCUUUUUCUGAUCGGUUUCGUGGCUGGAAAAUCUUCAUUUUUAUAGCAGAAACACCUCAGCUGGAGUGUUUGUCAGUGGUUUUCACACUUUGUUGUAACUGCGUGUGGUUUUCACACUCUUUACUGGAACAUACACAGAAGAAAUAAAAAAAACAUAAAUGCUUUCUAGUUUGUAUGCAUGUGUAGCUCUUUGGAAAUUUGUGUGUACAGUAGGUUCAUUUUUGAAAGAACUUUCUGUUUAAUGGCUACAUUUCCAAGACAGGUUUAUUGCAGCACUUUGUGACCUUUCUGUUACUUUCCAGAUGAUUUGCAGCCUUGACUAUUAAAAGAAACUGUGCAUUAAAACCUCAAACAGUUUCUCAGCUGGUUUGUUUUCUUCGUGUUCCAUGAAAUACCCAUAAACCACCUCACGUCUCUGCUCUCACUCUUUAAACUCUUUUACCUUUCAAAUGAAAAUGGAACGACAGCCCUGUGCUUUUAUUUGUAUUCUCUUUAAGAUACAAAAAUUGAUAAUAAACCUUUAGUGUUGUGAAAUAUGGGUUUGAGAAAUUAACAAAUAACUGCAUUUGUUUUAAAUUACAUUUCAAACAAAGUUCAGGAAUUGUUUAAUUUUGAAGCUUACAUGUUAUAUUCUGACUCUUUUAGAGUUUCUAAUCAUAUAAUAGAUCUUCAGAUGAUUUGUUGCUGAGGUUAACUGGAUGUUUCAUGCUGGGAAAAGUUUUUGACACUUAAUUGAAUAACAAUGAUUAAAUGAUAAUUUUAUGUUGUUCAAAGCUAAUUUUGGACAGUAAGUCCAGGCUAAACUGUAGUUCACAGUGUUCCAGUAAAACUGAGUCUUCACAUUUUGAAUCCUGGAAGCAGUGAUUAUUGACAUGAUUUACAUUAUUGAGUUCAAUUCAAUUCAAUUCAAUUCAAUUUUAUUUAUAUAGCGCCAAAUCACAACAAAAGUCGC